AUGCGCUACAGAAACUGGGAUGUCCUUCUUUUCCCUGAAGGCUCGAAGGUUCCUAUCCAAGAGUUCAAGACACAAUGCUUUGUGACCAAGGAUAAAGACUCGCCCUAUCUACACAGUACGGCCUUCCUUGGCUCUCAUGCGCACCAUCCCGAGCAAGGCGCUUUUAACCAGCUACCGGUCCUCACAACAUUCAUCCCAAGUCUAUCCAAAGACAGUCCAUUCCAAGCCUCAGUUCAUAGUUGGGAGAAGCCACGUCCCAGUGUCCAGAUCGAGUCCAACAUGGAACCAGAGGACGUUUUACUCUUCGAGGUUCGGAUCUUCAUUGAUGGGGUUUUUGCUGCGGGCAGUAUCUAUGGACAGAGAACUACUUGGCCACAGAUUAUGGAUCUGAGCUCUAAUCUUGACCGAGAUGGAAACCAAGACACCCUUCGAUUCCCUCAAUUUCAUUCUGAGAUACUUCAGCAGAAACAUUGGGAUGCUGGGGAUUCUCAAGGUAGAAUCAAGGUUGUCAUUGCAGAAGGUUUCUCUCGCCCCAAUCGCUCGCCCCCAUUCGAACGAUACAAGCAUGUCAUUGCUUUUUCUUUCCAGCAUGCGCCACUAGAUGUGCUGGAAUUCUCCGAUAUUGCUUGGCCCAAUCCCAACAUGUGGCUUGCUAUGCCGAACGCAUCCCGGUAUGGAUCGGCAGCGAGAUAUGGUACCUCCAAGGUAGUUGGCGAUGGCGCCCAUGGGCAUUCACCAAGCAAACCUGGCAGACCCGAACAUCGAAUUAUAAUCACGGCAAACACGAGUAGCCAGUCCAGCAGCAAUGCAGCUACUUACAGCGGCAGUACUUCAUCGACUUACAAUGCUUGGACUCCUAACCGUGGCUUUCCAAUUCCUUCCACGCAGUGGAAUGGUUAUCCCCAAGAACCUCGAUGGGACCCGCAGGAUGCAUACAUUGUGGAACCUGCCAUGGAAGCCUUUGUUGAUGAUAGAGCAUGGCGGCAGCGUGGUGCUCGAUCCUCCCGUGAGGAUAUCCCAAUGCCAGAUUAUGCUUCUACGGGAUCAACCAGCAGCCGGGCUAUUUCAUCUAGCAUGACUGGGAUGAGCUACGAACACAGCAAACAACCCAGUAUCAAUUCAUGCCUUGACGAUGAGCAAUACAAUGAACUGAUCCAAGCUCUGACUCCAACGAAAGCGCCUCCAGCAGGUACUCGUGCACCCUCUAAUACUCCUUCCACUGCUGCUACUACAAUGUCUGCCUCAAAGACUUCAGCUGCAGCUGAAGCUCGAUCUGCAAACUACAAGACUCGAAGCCGCCGUGCAUCCGCACUCAGAGAGAUUUCACAACCAAGCACCCGUGAUGUUUCGGGUUCGAGCGAGCCCAAGAACUUGAUAUCAUCCAAACUUGGGACGAGUCCAAGUGAGAAAGUCAGGAGCAAAAAAGAGACCCAGAAAGAAGCCACUCAGGAGACCCCAAAAGCGCAGUCUAACGGUAAGGAGACUGCAAAGGAAAGCUGCAAUUCUAAGGAUGUCGAAAAUGCACAGGACGAGAAUGAGUCGGUUUUGUAG